AGCUGCGCAAACUAAAACCAGAUGCCAUACCUUCAAUAUUCCCGAGCUACCCAGGGUAUAUGCAGGAACCAUCCCGAAAAGAGCGACAGCCUGUGAAAAGGUGUGCUGUGCCAGGGCUGUCACCAGACAAGCCUCAUGCAGAAGCAAAGAAAAAUAGGCCAGACAUACCCUCUCCUUAUAGGUCCCCGUCUGAGAAGAUUGAUGAGCAGGAAGACAAUUGUGUGGCUGGCAGCAGUACCGCACAUCAGGAGGAUGAAAUGCUGACAGAACCCUGCAGUGAACCCUCCUCUCUGCCUUUAAUUUUGCCUGCACCUGAAUCUUCUUUCUGCUUGCCUAAAACAUAUCAGAUGCCCAAACAUGGCAAAACUGUCCAGUGCCAGACAAGUCCAUCAAAGGCAACCAGACCACGUGGAAUGCAGACUAGGCUUUCACUGUCCCGAAUGACCAAUCUCCAGAGGAAAGUGCAAAACCUUACCCGGAAGUGUCAAAGGCUUCAGAAAAAGCAGCAUCACCUACAGGAAGAGCUCUCCACUCUGAGGCAGGAGGCAAAAAAGGCGUCCUUGUUGAUGAAGAGAACAAACGUCGAAAUCCUCCAGGUGUGAACUUAUCUCUU